UCAAUUACUUUCUCCAAAAUAUAUAAAUAAACAAAACUAUUCAUAUUUAAUACUUCACCUCUAGCACAGCCGUAAACGGUUGUCAACGAUGACGUGUUUAGGCAUUCAUUACGGAACCGCCGGAGAUUGUAUCCUCCGCCCGCCGGCAGCCGGUUUCCUCGACGAUCGAUCCUGCGGAGUUUCUAGGUUUAACCGCCUUCAUUCUGUUUCGAUUCCAAAACUCGCCGGAAAACCGCCGGUCAUGAGAAUCUCAGCGGCGGCGACGAUGACUCCGACUCCGACUGUUUUCCAGUCAGAUUCGUCCGCCGUUGAAGCGUUCGUCGAUGACGAAGAACACGAUCCUAGUUACGAUAGUUACGAUAGCCCUAGGGUUUCCGAUAAGAUCGACGAGUGGAUGAGAAACUCUGUAACGGAGAUCGUGAAGAACAUACGGCAAGCGCCGUUACUGGUUCAGAUCUACGCUAACGGCGUAGUGAAGACGGAGAAAGCGGUUACGGCGGAGGACUGGCGGAAUGUUGUUAGCGAGAAACCGUCGUCUUCGCCGGACGGAAUCAUACUAGUGGAGGAGCUCCGAGAUAAGAUGGAUCUGGAUGAUUCUGGUGAUGAAGAUGAAGGAACCAAGGCUUUUGGAGUUGUGAUUCAAGGUAAGUUUAAAGGAAGAGAUCGGGUUAAAUCUUCGUGUUAUUUGUUGAAAACUUGUAGUGUUAAUGGAGGAUUGGGGCCUUUUUGCACACAUUUUUGCUUGAUGAAGGUUCAUAGCUUCAGUAAGAGUGCUUCUGCACAGUUGAAUGAUUGUUGGUUAUUGCCAUGAGAAUUGAUUUGAAUUGAAGUGUAUAGGUUGUAAUUGUAAAUUGUAUAUUGUGAUCAUGAAUUUUUGGUGAUCAUUGAAUAGAAAGUAGAGGGAUUAUUUAUAUAAAUAAAUUUGUUUGUAUAAUGGAAAAUUUGUAAUAUGGAUCAAGUCUUAUGUUCAUAGUCAAUUCAGUUCA